UUGUUAGAAUAAAUGCUGAAAAUGUUAUUGAAAAAAUGAAUUCUGAGCGUGUUUGGUCUAAUAUUGUUAGUUCUCAACAUUAUAUUAAUGCGUUAUCAAGUUUUUGUUGUGCCCUUUUCAAUUUCCGUCCACAAUUUAUUGGUGAUUUGAUGAGAUUAGAAUGUGAAUGUUUACGAGGUGGAGAAAAUGUUUUAAAAAAUGUUUGUGAUGCUGAAAGAAUUGUUGCUGUAUCUAUUCUAUCUUCUUUAAUUACAAGUUGUCCUCACAAAAAUGGCGAAUUUGAUUCUUCUUUGUUUUGCGAUGUUUUUGGAACGUUGGAAGGAGCUUUAAAAGAUCAACUUUUGACUGUUCGAAAAAUGGCAUUACACGGAAUUGGACAAAUUAGUCAUUUAAAAGGGCCUGAUGCAGAUGAAUUAAUUUUAUGUUUUUCUUCACGUUCAGUGGAAGCUGCUUUAGCUGGUUUAGAUGAUUAUUGGGACAGACAAGACCAAUUAGCAACAGAAUCAAUAGCUUCAUUAGACUCUUUAGUUGGUAUAUCUCAACCAAAAUUAAUUUUAAAUGUAUUACCUCAAUUAUUAUUAAAAAUUCGGCCGUGUUUUGAAAAGGAAAAUGAAUUGCUUAGAUCUAGCGCUUUUUCUCUUUUUGCUGGUUUAGGCUCUUCUGUUGGAAAUUAUGAUAUAUUUAAAGAAAGUUUACAUAGCAAUAUAAUUAGUAUUUUGUUACAUUUAAAUGACAAGGAAGAAAAUGUUAAAUUGAGUUGUGCCAAAGUUCUUUCAACAUGUAUUCCUCUACUCAAUUCUGACCAUGCCACAACUUUGGUAGAAAAUGAAUUAAUUAAUGAAAGGUUACCAACAAAUUAUUCUGAUUUUCUUAGACAAUUUGGACUUAUUUUGUCAAUUUCAUUUCCUGAUCGACUUAAUAAUUAUGCUUUGGAUUGCAAUAAUUUCUUUAGAAGUGCAUCUUUUCAUAUACGUUCAAAUGCUGCUUUACUUAUGGGAUUUAUGUUAACUGCAUUAACACCAGAAUUGAGAGCUACAUUGUCUACUGAUCUUAUUUUUAGUGGUUUAAUGCAGCUAAUGAAAGACCCUGAAGAACAAGUCCGUUUAAAUACUUUAUUUGCAAUUUCGUUGCUAUAUGAGUUUGCCUAGUCAAAAAAUAAAAUAAAAACACUGGUGACCUUUUUGCAUAUCUUUCUCUUUAUUUGAUAGACUAUCACUUAAAUGUAUUUUAUUGUUGUUUUUUAAAUUUAAAUUGUGUCUAUAAUUUGCUUUUAAAUGCUUCUUAAUUUCAAUUGUUUCCAUUCUGCAAUUAAUAAAAUAAAAAUUCGGUACGUUUUUGUCGGCAAAAAAUUCGGCCCAAAAAAAUUUUAAAAAGCAUUUAAGUAUUUUUUCAAAUAAAUAAUGUGGAAUGAAAUAAUCAUUUAAAACAAGGUCUAAAGUAAAUGCCUUAAAGCUGG